UAUACGAUAAACUGCCAUAUAUAAGUGUUAUACGGAGCUCGUUUUGAUCAAACAUACCGUGUCCACAAUCUAUUUAUUUAUCGGUGGCCUUGUAACGCAGUCAGUGAUCAAAUACAAUUUUAACGUGCUACAGUGUUGGUGUGUUGACGAUUAAAAAUGGUGCUAACAUUAUACAAGUUGGACGCCAGUCCCCCCGCGCGGGCUGCUAUGAUGGUCGUCGACCUUCUGAAUCUACCCGCAAAAUUUGUUGACGUGAACCUUCUGGAAAAUGAACAUUUGUCGGACGAGUUUUUGAAACUGAAUCCACAACACACCAUUCCAGUUUUAAAGGACGACGACUUUGUCUUGACUGACAGCCACGCGAUCGCCGGUUACCUCGUGUCCAAAUACGCAAAGAAUGACUCCCUGUACCCCAAGGAACCCAAAUUGCGAGCUCUUGUCGACCAGCGCUUGCAUUUUGACAGCGGUAUUUUGUUCCCAGCUGUACGGUUCACAGUUGGUCCGAUACUUUUCUUCGGUGCCACUGCAUUUGCUCAGGAAAACUUGGACAAGAUCAAGAGCAGUUACGAGUUCUCCGAAGCCUUCCUCACUAAGAAGUGGAUUGCUGGAGACCAGUUCACCAUCGCUGAUAUCUGCUGUUUUGCUUCUCUUAGCACAUCGAAUGAGAUUGUUCCUGUUGAUGCUGACAAAUACCCCAACCUCGCCGCUUGGUUACAACGUUGUUCUGAACUAGAGGUUUGUAAGAAGAAGAACGAACCUGGUGCAAAACAGUUAGGCGAAUUAGUACGAAGCAAGUUAGCUUGAAGCGUAGGUACCUAUCUUAAUUUAUCACAAACGUUUUAUAUUUGGAAACAUAUUAGUUUCCAAAAUCACCUGAUUUUCAAUUGUUUGGAAGUACAAAAGCACCAAUAGUUGAGGGUUUGACCAACACUAUUAACUUCAAGCUGAGAAUAUUAAUUUUAAACAUCUUAAAUUUUUUACAUUUUGACGAAAAAAUUUUGCUUUUCAAAUCACCUGAUUUUCAAAUGUUUGGAAUGAUAAAAGCACUAAUAGAUUAGAGAUUUGUUCAACACUGUUUUAAGAUGUGAAAGACAUUUUUAAUACGUAAUUAUAUAUUAAAAUUAUUUUAGAAGCGUUUAAUCUCAGCUUACACUCGCUUCAAGAUUCAAGUAAGGUGCCUUCGAUAUUCAUCUAAUAGAAAUGUUUAUUAUAUAACACCGUAUGGAAUAGACUACCACCUCCUAAAUACAGUAAACAUAACCUUUUUAGCAAAUUAAUACCAUUCACACGUACGCAAAACGAAUUGUGAAUAAUAAUAAGUUUAUUUAUAUGUAUUAUGAUUACACCUACACACAAAUUAUAAUAAAGAGAUUGAUUUGAAA